AUGGCUGUUUCAGGCAGCGCCAGCCACCCCCCCAGCAGCAGCAGCAGCAGCAGCAGCAGCAGCAGCAGCAGCGUGGACGUGGACUGCAAGGGCGGCUACGGCGCGUGGUCCCCCUGCGAGCCGCUGGAGGGCCACGACACGCACCACGACUCCGAAGACGAGUUCAACUUGCAAAGAGGGCCCGACGGCCACUUCGUGGGCGAGUGCUUUCAGUUCCGCACUUUCCACGUCAUCACUGCAGCGCGGGGCCGCGGCAACAGCUGCAGCAGACGCGACGGCGCGAAGGCCUUUCGCUACUGCAGCGACUGCAGCGCGGUGCCUGCGGUGUACAGACACCUGGGCGCGCCGCCGCCCGCGCCCGCCCUGCGCUUCUUCGCGCUCCUCGCGGCGCUCUUUUGCCUCUUCGCCACGCUGCUCUUCGUCGCGGUUUGCUUCCGCAAGCUGCUGCAGCAGCAGCAGCAGCAGCAGCAGACCCGCAUCCCGCUCUACCCGCCCCAGUCCAGCGCCAGCCUCCACCCCGACACUGCAGCAGCAGCGGCGGACUCCAAGGGCUUCGCGCCCGCCCCGGACGAACUCACCCAGGCCGCUGCAGCGAGGUGA